ACCUCUUUCCAAGGAGGACAGCCGAGUAAGCUACGGGACAGUUUUAAAAGUAGACUACAAACUGAUUUACUAUUGUCAAAAUAGCGUUGUAGGGUUAUUAUACAGAGCUUGAACUACUACAUCAAAAAAUGGAUUAUGACUACUUUAUCGUUGCUGUCCGUGUGCGAAUAUGAAGACAUGCUGUGAAAGAUUUCUGUGUGAAAGAGACUGUCAUUUUAGUUAUUUAAUUCAGACCACAGGAUGACCUGGCUGAGAAGCUUCUCCAACCUAGCAACCUGUAGGUAACAGACAUUGCCUGUGUGUGAUUGGUUGCUGUUGCUUGGCAUGGAGAUGGUUCCAUGGGCCAUACUCCUGAUGACAUGCAUCUGGCUACAGAGUCUCACCACUGCCACCCCGGACUCCUGCCCAGUGACACCACGCAAGUCUGUGGAUUUUUCUAUCACCUACAGUUUGCCCUCCUUCCAAACACUGAACCCCAUACAAAACAUUGUGGUAGAUUUGUGGUCGCAGGAGGUGUAUGUGGCUUCUAGGAAUGUCCUGGAGGGUUUGAACGCCAGCCUGGGAAGGAUAUGGGAGGUGCGUACUGGCCCUGUAGGCAGCCCGGAGUGUGAAAUCUGUAAAUCAUGUCCCAUUCCAAUAGAUCCUAACCAUUCCGAGGACACGGACAAUGAGAUCUUAUUGUUGGACCCACAGCUUCCGUAUUUAUAUACUUGUGGGAGCUCUCAGUAUGGAGUCUGUUAUUUCCACAACCUCAAGGUACAACCCCCAGAUUCAUCAAAAUGCCUGUUUAAAGAAGAGUCAAAUUCCCCCGCCCACUGCCCGGAUUGCGUGGCCAGUCCUCUUGGCACAAAAGCCAGCAUCGUAGACGUCGGUCACACGGCCUACUUUUUCGUGGCAGCAACUGUUGAUGAGCACGUGACUCAGCAGUAUGGGAGACAGUCCAUAUCAGUGCGCCGACCUUUGUCAACUGAGGACGGCUUCGACAUGGAUGUGCAAGGCCUCACAGUGUUGCCAAACCUACGUGCGUCCUAUCCCAUUGAUUACAUCUACAGCUUUGCCACACGAGACUUUGUGUACUUCUUGUCAGUACAGAGGGAGAAUCCAGAUUUGGAGUCCUCCCCGUUACAGACGAGGCUCGGACAGCUGCCGAGCCAGGACUGGGAAAUGUGGAGGUACCGGGAAGUGGUGCUCGAGUGCCGCUUCGAACCCAAACGAAGGAGGAGGAGUGCAGCGUACCACGAUGUGAUCUACAACGCAGUGCAGGCGGCACAUUUCGGGAAAGCUGGGAAGCUGUUUGCCAGUGAGCUGGGUGUUCCGGAGGAGGAUGAUAUUCUGUACGGGGUGUUUGCCGUGACGGAUGAGGAUGGAGUGCCCCUUGAUGACUCUGCCCUCUGUGCCUUCCCAAUGAAAGUUGUGAACACGGCCAUCGAGAAGGGAGUGAAGGCCUGCUGCAGCGUCAGCCCGGAGCAGCUCUCCCGGGGCCUCUGCUACUUUCAGCCCUGCGAGAGCUGUCCUCAUGAGAGCAAGGAGAACAAUGGCACGUGUGAGAAUAAGCCCACCAUGGUAUCCAAACCCUGCUACAGGGUGGACCUCUUCAACAGACAGAUACGGAACGUCCUGUUCACCUCUGUGCUGGUUACCACCUUCCAAUACCAAACCAUCGCUCACAUUGGGACAAAAGAUGGGCGGAUGCUACAGUUCAUUCUGAGAAGAUCCAGCCCCAUUCUCUUUGCCAAUUACUCUUUGGCAGAGAAUGAGAAAGUGUCUCCAAUUGCCGCUGUGCAGUCAGAAGACUCCUUGCUCUUUGUGGUGGGAAACAAGAUGUUCAGCAUUUCCCCCAGAGGUCCAGGCUGUCGCCAUUUCCUCACCUGCAGCCUGUGCCUGACGGCCCCCAGGUUUAUGGGCUGCGGCUGGUGUUCAGGGGUCUGCUCCUGGCAGCAGGAGUGCAGUGGCCGGUGGAGGAAUGUGUCCUGUCCUCCUGUCCUCACUGAGUUCUACCCGAAGACAGCGCCCCCUGAUGGUGAGUCGGAGCUUACGCUGUGUGGCUGGGAGUUUCAGUCCCCUCUGCGGCCUGCCAUUAGGCCUGCAACUCACCUGGUGAGGGUGGGGCAGACACCCUGUACAGUAUUGUCAGAGAGGAGCUCUAUCUCUAAGCUGGUGUGUAAAAUCCAUGCAAGGCAGGAACCUCAGUCUGUCCCUAUCACUGUGGAAGUAAAUGAGGUGGUGGUGGAGGGACGUUACUCCAUCGACGGGACAGCCCAGAUUGAUGGAUUCACUUUUGUGGCACCAAACAUCACAGAGGUCACACCAGUCUAUGGGCCCAGAUUUGGGGGCACCCUGAUCAAUGUGACAGGGCAACACCUGAAUGCUGGAAACAGUAGAAGAGUUACUCUGGAUGGGGAGCCGUGUGUUAUCAACAGUGUUUCAGCAGGUAGCGGGAACCUUUCCUCAAUCAUCUGUGUCACAGAGCCUGUGGCCGAGCUGAAGGAGGCUGUCCUGAUAGUCCACAUUGACAAGUCCCGCGUGCCCACCUCUAAGACCUUCCACUACAGAGAGAACCCAGAGAUCACCCAGCUGUACCCACCUUGCAGCUUCAGCGGAGGGUCCAGUGUUACCAUCACAGGCAGGAAUCUGGAUUCUGUCUCCAAGACCAAGAUUACCUUUGUGCGCAGCAACAACCUGAACCCUGUACAUAGUUACUGUGAAGGCACGGGGAGUCUGACUCAGUUGGUGUGUGAGACCCCCCCUUUCUCCGAAGAGGAGUCAGAAGAAGGGCAUCUCUCCAUCAAGAUGGAUGGGACCAUUGAUCUCUGGAAGCAGAAGUUUUGGUAUCACCCACGCGGUGAACCUAUCUCCUUUGACACAUUGCGGCUAUCUCCAGAUCAGAAUGAAGUGUCUCUGCAUCACAGGAACCUGAACCUUGUCAGUUCCUGUAUGAAAAUCAUUAUGCUGGUGGGAGGAGUGGAUUGUAAGGCUGCAGUCCUGGUCAACGAAAUCACUUGCAGGAUCUCCAGUAACCUGACUAUCCCCAGUGAAGGUUUGCCUGUGACGGUCUCUGUCAAUGGGAAGGUGUAUGACGUGGGCAGGGUGAUCCGUGUCAGCAACAACUCUGCUGCAGUGGGCAUUGUGUUGGGCAUCCUAGCUGCACUGGUGGUAGGGGCUGUGCUGGCUUUCUUCAUCAUGAGACACUUGAGGAAGAUGAAGAAAGCUUCCCUGGCGGAGCACCGUUUGUCUUAUUUCUCCAACCAGGCCAGGGGUAACAGUAAUUCAGAAAUGUCUCCUGCUGGUGACUACAGACGAGAACUGUCUUUGCAGACAACGUCUGGAUCAGGUGCGAUGGCGUUUCCUGGUCUGGCCUACACCGGCAGCUUUGAUGCCUCCCUGAGACCCCUCAUGUAUCCAGAAAAGAUCUGUAUCGCCAACCUCCGGCCAGAGCUGCUGGAGGAGGUGAAGGAUGUGCUGAUCCCAGCUGAGCUGCUCAACGUGCAACACCAACAGAUCAUCGGCAAGGGUCAUUUUGGGACUGUGUGCCAUGGCUAUUUAAAUGACCAGAAUAACAGAGAAAUCCACUGUGCAGUGAAGUCCUUGAACAGGAUCACAGACAUGGAGGAGGUGGAGCAGUUUCUGCGGGAGGGGAUUCUGAUGAAGGGCUUCCACCACAUCAACGUUCUCUCCCUGCUGGGCAUCUUGAUGCCUGAGGAGGGGCUGCCCUUGGUGGUCCUCCCCUACAUGAAGCAUGGGGACCUUCGCCACUUCAUCCGCAGCAAGAACAGGAAUCCUACUGUGAAGGACUUGAUUGGCUUCGGACUACAUGUUGCCAAGGGGAUGGAGUACUUAGCAGAAAAUAAAUUUGUGCACAGAGACCUUGCAGCCCGUAAUUGCAUGCUGGAUGAGUCAUACACAGUGAAGGUGGCAGACUUUGGCAUGGCAAGGGAUGUCUUGGACAAAGAGUACUACAGUAUUCAGAACCACAGGAAGGCCAAGCUGCCGGUCAAAUGGAUGGCCAUCGAGAGCCUGCAGACACAGAAGUUUACCACCAAGUCUGAUGUGUGGUCCUUCGGUAUCUUGAUGUGGGAGCUGUUGACCCGAGGAGCCAGCCCCUACCCCGAGGUUGACCCCUAUGACAUCACUCAUUACUUGUUGAAGGGGCGGAGGCUUCCCCAGCCUCAGUUCUGUCCUGACUCUCUGUACACCAUCAUGCUCCAGUGCUGGAACCCUGAGCCAGAACAGAGGCCCAAAUUCACCACCCUCAUCUCUGAGGUGUCAGAGAUCCUGUCCAACAUGGAGGGGGACCACUACAUCAACCUCAAGGUCACCUACGUCAACGUGGACCAGCCCCGCCUCUACCCGCCCCUCACCGAGUCCGCGGAUGAGCUGGAGUCGGACUGUGCCAGCGAAGGCUCAGCCUCCAUGUGAGGGCGUCUGGAGACGGGCGCUGGGUCAGCAGGGGUUCAGUCAGCGGCUAGCCAAGGCUCACCUGCUGGAUACCUGGGGCUCAGCCAAUCCUCACAUCGAUUGUGGGAGUCGCCAGCUGAAUGGGAGCCCCUCGCUAGAAUGCUUGUGAAAACUGUGCCAUAGGUUUGUGGAAACCGUAUUUUAAAAUGGGGCCAUGUGUUGACUCAUGUUACCAUGGUAAAAGGUGACAAAUAGAAGAGCAGACCAGGUGGAACUCCCCCUCUCAAGAAAGCGGAAGGAUGCCUGCAGGGGGAUCUGAGGCACUGCAAACCCCCAUUUUAUUCCAUUUGUGUGCAUUAUGUCUGUGGCAUUUGUGUGUACUACGUAUGUCUGUGACAUCUGUGUGUACUGUCAGUGGCGUCUGUGUGUACUAUGUCUGCAGCAUUUUUGUAAACUAUAUCUGUGGCAUUCAUGUGUACUAUGUCUGUGGCAUUUGCGUGUAUUGCGUAUUGAUAUGAAAAAGACAUUUUCAGGUUAUUGAGUUUGUCACUGGAACACAGUGCUUGUCUAUUUCCCCUGCUCAUGCGCACAGAACUCUAUCAGGAGGGAGAACUGUAAAUAAGAUUCUAAAUGUGGAUUUUAUAUAUUUUUUGGAUCUUAUUUUCAUUACCAUGGACAUUUUCAUUUCAAAAAUGAAAUCACUGCUCCCACUUUGUCAAAGCCCUUUUUCAAGUCAAGUGUUGAGUCUUUAUACUUACAUACUCCUAUGCAGACAAGCCUCAAAGGAACAGUUUGAAAACAAGUACAUGCUUGUUUUGUAGUUUUCCAUUCACAUGGAUCUGUGAUGCUUUCCUAGAUUAGCCAUAUUGUGCUCAUAGGAAUCCAGUAGUCAAAUCCAGGGUGAAUUGGACAAAACAGCUAAAAUACUUUCCCCAGCCAUCUAUGAAAAGGAGAAGCAUGGACCAGUAUCAGACUGGCUGUUCUUUUAUCAGAUAACACCUAAAAAUAUUUUCCUUUUCUAACAUAUUACAGUACAACAAGCAGAGAAUUGUCUCACACACACACACACACACACACACACACACACACACACACACACACACACUCUCUGCUCUGCAUCAAGGGAGAUAAUUUUAUUUCUAUUCAUAGAAUAAAGUCUCACUGGGAGUUCUGAGACCGAGCAUUAUGGCAGCAUUGACGGCACAGUUCAUUUUUUCAUCCAUUGGAGAAUAGUGUUCAUUUCUAUGACUAAACACAAUCUUAUGUUUUUCUAAGAAAGAAGUCAUUUCCUCUUGGCAAGCUUUGUCUAACAAGACAAGAGCUGUUCCUCUUCUGCAGACUGAGACUGUUUUAACAAAAGGAUUUCUUUGACAGAAUGGGAUCUUUACAGAAUGUAUUUUUUGCACCUGGAAAUAGGGACAGGAAUAGGAUGGACAAUAAAUGGUGCGCCUACACACACACACACACACACACACACACACAUGCACAUACACACACAUGCACACACACACCUACACACACACAUACACACACACAGGAAUGCACAUACUGAACAAUCCUUUUUACAUUAGCGGUAGGUUAUUGGUCUGAUAUAAUUUCAUUGACAUCGCAAAGAGAGGCAGAAACUUGACAGGGUUAAGUGACUCAUCAUUUAAUGUUUAAUGAUCAGAGUAUUCACUCUUUUCACAUAUUUAAACCAUUUGGGGAAAUAAUGAAAAAGUAUGAUUAUUCAGAAAUGUUAGAAAUUUCACAUUUGGGUAACAUGUGCUGGAUUCGAAAUAUGCUUUAACUUUAAUGAAGCCACUGGGGGCCUAUCUAUGCUUGAAAACAAGCUUCCAGUGACUAACCCCAGUGUGCCUGACUGAGGGAGAGGAUGAGACGAAAGGUUAGCGGCUUGGUUCAUUGCACUAAUAAACUCAGGCAGAAUUUAUUUUAUGCUUGUAUAAAAUGCCUAUAUUAUCUUCCCAAAUUUGGCUUUGGGAAAUGUCAGAUUUUUUUUUCCUCUGCUUUUCAAUUGGAAGGAUGCAGUAGGAUGAGACCAAGGAGUCACAGCUUAAAUCUUGUUCAAUUUUCACAUUUAAAACAUCAAUAAAAGAAUGUCCAUACUCUUGUAUUAA